GAUAGUCCACUCGAUAGGCCGUGCUGUUUAUAAACAAACAAUUAAUACCAAUACCAAAACGCGCUGAGUGAAGACAGAGAAAAUCUAUUUGAACAACAUCAUUAUAAUCUAAUCGCCUGGGCCACUCCGAAUACGCUCAGAAUCCCAGCCCCGGAGAACAUUGUAAUCGAAAUCGGUAUCGCAGCCCACCCCCACAAAUCGCGCGCACACACUCCUGUUCCCUGCAGAAAUUCCACUGGCAAAAAAAUGCUUAAGAUUGCUGCCGAGGGAAUCGCGCCACGUCUGGCCGCCUGCUGCCUAAUCAGCGCCAGCGCCCAGAGCAGUUGCCACCGAGUGGCCCCACAGUCUGCAAGGGCCACACAGAAGUACCUAUCCCAGUCGCAGCACCUGCACAAGAAGCUGGUCAUCAAGGAUCACUACGAGUUCGAUCAGAAGGUCAUCAACAGCGACAAUCCGGUGAUUGUGAAUUUCCAUGCCGAGUGGUGCGACCCCUGCAAAAUACUCACACCCAAGAUGCUGGAGCUGCUGGAGAACUCCGAUGAAAUAGAUGUGGCCAUCAUUGAUGUGGAGACGAACCUGGAUCUCGUCGAGACGUUCGAGGUGAAGGCCGUGCCCGCCGUCCUUGCCUUUCGCAACGGCGUUGUGGUGGAUAAAUUCAUUGGCCUGGUGGAUGCCAACAGCAUCGAGACGUUGAUCGACAAGCUGAAGCGGAAGCAACAGCAGAAGCAAUAGAGGAGGAUUACCAGGAUUAAGGAUGGGGGCCUCGGAUACAAUAGUAUAGCUUUGCCGCAAAUCGAGAUUUUAUAUAAAAAACGAACCAGAGUAGACUGUAACCGCA